AUCCUUGUUCAAAUACAGACCAUUUAAUGCAACUGCUUCUCACAGAUCCCAGCUUAGAAGCCUCUUUCUCUUCACCCAAAGUCCUUCACCCCAAAAUGGAAAGAAGAGUCUCUCCAAUGCCCACUCUUCUUUUCAUUGCAGCUCUAAUGGCUGCUUCUUACUUUAUUAUAUCUGAAGCAGCUGAUUCUAAAGGAUCAUUUCAAGACAAUUUCGAUAUAAUGUGGUCUCAGGAGCAUUUUUCAACCUCCCCAGAUGGGCAGAUCUGGUAUCUCUCAUUAGACAAAGAAACAGGCUGUGGAUUUCAAACAAAGCAAAGAUACAGAUUUGGGUGGUUUAGCAUGAAGCUCAAGUUGGUCGGAGGUGACUCUGCCGGUGUAGUGACAGCUUACUAUAUGUGCACUGAAAAUGGGGCAGGGCCAACGAGAGAUGAGUUAGAUAUUGAGUUCUUGGGGAAUAGGACUGGGCAGCCUUAUCUUAUUCAGACUAAUGUGUACAAGAACGGGACUGGUGGCCGUGAGAUGAGGCAUAUGCUUUGGUUUGACCCCACUGAGGAUUUCCAUUCCUAUUCUGUCCUCUGGAACAACCACCAGAUUGUGUUUUUUGUGGAUAGUACUCCCGUAAGAGUGUUCAAGAACAAUGGGGAAGCAAAUAAUUUCUUCCCCAACGAAAAGCCCAUGUACUUGUUUUCUAGCAUAUGGAAUGCCGAUGAUUGGGCCACAAGAGGUGGGCUCGAGAAGACAGACUGGAAGAAGGCCCCAUUUGUGUCCUCUUACAAAGACUUCAGUGUUGAUGGUUGCCAAUGGGAAGAUCCAUACCCUGCAUGUGUUUCAACCACCACUCGAAAUUGGUGGGAUCAGUAUUCUGCUUGGCAUCUCUCUGAUUCUCAAAAAAUGGAUUAUGCUUGGGUGCAGAGAAACCUUGUUAUUUAUGAUUAUUGCAAGGACUAUGAAAGGUUCCCCACAUUGCCGGUAGAGUGUUCAUUGAGUCCAUGGGAUUGAUGAGCAAAGUGAUAAGGGAUAAAUACUACUUUAUUUUUUAUUUAUUUAUUUUCAUAUUUCAUAUUACAUUGGUAAAAAAAUGUGUAGUUUUG